AUGUGCCUAUUACAGAUGGUCGAAUUCGCGCUGGCCAUUCAACACGUUUUGUCUGUGUUCAACGAAGAUCUUCUCAACUUCGAUUUCGUCUGCAAGUUAGGACUGAACAUUGGGCCAGUAACGGCUGGUGUUAUCGGCACGACAAAACUCUACUACGAUAUCUGGGGUGACACCGUGAACAUCGCCUCACGCAUGUAUAGCACAGGAGUGCUCAAUAGAGUUCAGGUGUCUGCUCAUACCCGAGAUAUUUUACUAGACAGAUACGAGUUCGAGUACAGGGAUCACAUUGAAGUGAAAGGAAUCGACGGUGGAAUGGAUACGUAUCUGUUGGUUGGACGAAAAAGCGAGCGUAUCCCACCAGCCAUUUCAGAUCACGGCAGUACCACUGGCGAGAGCAAACCGGCUCAACCAGCGUCUACCUAG